UAACAGUGUACAGCAUGAAUUACAACUCCCUCAAUGUUGCAAGAAGACAGAGUCCUCCGGCCCCUCACAUCUCGUCAUUGCGGCGGCGGCGGCGGCACCGGAGGGACGACCCGGCGGCGAGGACUACCUCUCUCGCGCGUGGAGUACUUCCCUUACCGCUCUCAUGCGGUAGCGACUCGGAGGCACCGUGGGCGGUGCAAGAUCUGGGCGAGCUCAACAGGACAACAGCGUUCUCCGGCGUUCCUCUCCACCGUCGACGGUUUUCAAGCUUUGGGUGCCUGCGGCCGGCUCGACGGGUGGCAUCAGCAAGCGCCGGCCUCGGCACUGCUGCGGGUGGUUAUAUGGUGGGCGGAGCACACUAGUGGGCUUCAACGUCAGGGAACACGACGUCGUUGCGAUGCCUCCAGAUGCACCAGCAACAGAACAUAAAGAAUGUCGAUAGCGAGGUGAGCGACAUCUAGCAGAUUGCGGAUAGAAGGCCACGGAAGGUGACCGGAACCCCAACGUGGCCCUGAAAUCAACCACCAAUGGGCAGGGAGAGAGGAGGUGAUUUUAUUCCUGAAUCAUGCUUAACAUUUCUUUAGCAAACAAGCACUAGCAGCCCGUUUUCAGAUGUAGACAUGCCAAUGAAGGCCUGAUAAAGAAUAGAAAAAAUACAAUAUAUUGGUUUAAUUGUUCUCUUGUGUAGACCAAAAUUAGCGAGUAAAGGAAA